AUGUACUCUUCAUUAUCCGUAUUCCUACACUAUUGGCUUGGAUUCGAAUUAAUAUUUCAUCUUUAUUUUGAAGUAACAAAAUCUAGAUUUCAAAAAAAAAAUUUGCCAGUUGUUCCGUCAAAAUGUCAGAGAGCUGAACUUUUCAUCAAUGUGUUACAAACAGUUGAUAGAUUCGAUACUUGGAUCGAAGGUUGGUUCAAUGUUGGUCAUAAGAAAUUCACUUUUAGUGAGAUAUAUAGAGAAAAUUUUGCUGAAUGGUUAGCCUGGAGUUUUUUCUCAACAACUCUUGAACAUGUGAGAUAUGAUCCCGAAUUGUCUUAUGAAAUAGAAUCAAUGAUUGAUGGUAUUGAGAUAAAAAAAAAUAUAAAGUUUCCAGAAGGAUAUAAUCCUAACUGCACUUGUAUACGACUUACUCUUGAUCCAGUCAAAGCUGUUCACCGACCCUUUAUUUUUUAUGCCGUUAUUUUCCUAUUAAAUUCCACGUUUAGCUCAAUGCUAAAAAUUAACGGGUUUAAACGUUUUGGAUCAAGAGAAAGUAUUUGGUCAAGUACACUUGAAUUUGAGAUUCAAGAAGCAAAUAGUAAAUCACCAUCACCACCACGACUUUCUUAUUGGUAUUAUGAACCUCCCCAUGCAAAGAAAAAUCAAAAACCUAUUAUAUUUAUUCAUGGAGUAACGGGUGGCUUGUUUUGUUAUGCUACCUUUAUAAGAAAAUUACAAAAGUUAGAUCGUCCAUUAUUUUUAAUUGAAUUGCCACAUAUUACUAUGCAAAUGGUAGAAGAUGUCCUGACAAUGGAUGAAGUAGUUCGUGAAAUUGAAAUUAUGCUUUCCAAACGAGGAUUUCACAAAGCAAUAUUUGUUGGACAUUCAAUGGGUACAGCUGUUUGUGCAUGGGUUAUUAAAGAAUCUAGGAAAAUUGUCGGUGGCCUCGUGAUGAUAGAUCCAAUUGUAUUCUUAUUACAUUACCCAAAUGUAGCUUAUAAUUUUGUAUAUAGAAAUCCUACAGCCGCGAAUGAGCGUCGCGUGAAUUAUAUAUAUCAAAAUUCUUCUCCCGUAAUUUCCAUUGGCGACGUACAUAGAUAUCUUGUAAAGAAUAAUAUUAAUGUUCAUGUAAUGAGAGGAUUGGAUCAUGGAGCCUAUUUAUUUCAUUCCAAAUCAUUGAACCGAAUAAUUAAUGAUAUAGAAAAAUGUUGUACCGCUAGAAAAAAUUAG